AAGUACUACUGUUUAGUACUACCUCUGUUGGCAUCUCUUACUCCUAAGCGUGUGAAGUCUGCUUCACGUUUCCUUCGUUUGAUUUCUGCCUCACUCUAGCUACUGCUAUUAUACCAAGUAGGUUAUACUCUAGACUGAUCUGAUUAGUGGUUGGACGCUCUCGUAUUAUUCAUCAUAAGUGAAUUAAGAAGGUUAUGGGCCCAGUUGCGCAGAACCUUCUCAUUUGAAAUAAACAAGAUGACCAGUACAAGUAAGCAGGACGGAGAGAACAUUUCAAAGGAUGUCAGUCACAUCCCAAAGUUUAAUGGAAAGAAUUACCCAUCGUGGAAAUAUGGUGUAUGGUUGUUGUUCAGACAACAUGAGCUUACUGACAUUGUAGAAAAUAAAGUCAGCAAACCAGAGGAAGUGAAAGAUGAAAGUGGUGUGGUAACAAAUGAAGCAGCCAUAACGGCAUGGAACAGAAAAGAUAUUCUUGCAACAUGUACAGACAAGGACCUCAUCACCUUAGAGGAAGCUAUCAUGUUCACAGAGGGCACCGUGGAUUCAGAGGUGGUUGGCGAGGUCCACCAGAAACAAAAAGAAGAAGGCUUGAGUGCCAUUACUGUCAAAAAGAAGGUCACUUUAUAG